AUGGUGGGUGUAUACUGCGUCGGGCUCGCGACUUUUCCUGCCACCAAGAACCAGAUCUCGGCUCGUGACGGACUUGCUGCAGUCUACCGCUCUGUGCCGUCAAUUGGACGCUUCACAGGUACCGCCUUCUUGGCACCACUGUAUAGCAUCAGCGAGCUUGUGCAGAACUUCUGUUGGCUUUGUGCCGUUUACUGUGGUACCUACACGAAGCACGUCGUGACCAACAGUAGCUACGCUGGUUGUCUUCGCGUCACCGAUAAGGAAACAUUACCACGCGUGCACGGUCAGAUGUUACGAGGUGCGUUUGUGCUGAACACAUCUCUGCGCGAUGGUAUGAACCGCAUCAUGCUCAUUAGGCUACCCAAGCAUAGCGAAUCCGGCAACCCGUUAGCUAUUUAA